AUGCUUCACUGCCGUACAACACAACCAAACAACCAAGAUUUGUAUGAAAACCUUAUUGUGGAGAAAAGAAUAAAGACACUCAUUCAUUCAAUCUGGAUAGAAACUGACAACAAGAACGCCACUGAUAUCGACGCAGACGAAAUCGAAGGUAGAACACCACUGCUAAGUGACGGCAUGUCCCAUACACCCAGAGAAUCAUCUUGCCGUCGGCAGCGGCCCCCAGCACCUAUAGAUGAUUUCGAAGAGAAGGUACAUAUUGAUGAUGAUGUGGGUUCUCAGCGAUGCGGAGGAUUCAGCUUUCGCAAACUUUGGGCCUUUACCGGCCCCGGCUUUCUCAUGAGCAUAGCGUAUUUGGAUCCGGGCAACAUCGAAUCCGAUUUACAGAGCGGUGCGAUUGCCAAAUAUCAGCUGUUGUGGCUCCUGUUCGGUGCCACUUUGAUGGGUCUGUUCCUGCAGCGUUUGGCCGCUCGACUUGGUGUAGUCACUGGACGCCAUUUGGCCACGGUCUGCUAUGAACAGUAUCCGCGGCCAGUUCGUCUUCUCCUGUGGAUCAUGGUCGAAGUGGCGAUUAUCGGUUCAGACAUGCAGGAAGUCAUUGGAACCGCAAUUGCAAUCAACCUACUCUCGAUGGGCUACGUACCUUUAUGGGCCGGGGCCCUGAUCACCAUUGCAGAUACAUUCACCUUCCUCUUUUUGGACAAAUAUGGGUUACGUAAAUUGGAAUUGUUUUUCGCCCUUCUUAUCACUACAAUGGCUGUGACUUUUGGAUACGAGUACGUCGUUGUUAAACCCUCACAACUAGAAGUACUUCGUGGGUUCUUUGUUCCUUCCUGCUAUAACUGCGGCUGGCCGGAGCUCGAACAAGCAGUAGGCAUCAUCGGUGCCGUCGUGAUGCCUCACAAUUUCUAUCUCCACUCAGCCCUCGUCAAUUCCCGUGAAAUCGACCGAUCUCAACCGAGUAAGGUCCGAGAAGCCAAUAUGUACUUUUUCAUCGAGUCUGCUAUCGCUCUCCUCGUCUCGCUUGUGAUCAACGUUUUCGUCGUGUCCGUAUUCGGCGCCGGCUUUUACGGCAAAAAUGUCACACAAGUGAUCGAAAACUGCACGGCAAGAGGUGAUAUUCCACAACAAUUUGUAGAUGCGGCAACCCACUUCAAUCCGGAUGAUGUGGAUUUGUACACUGGAGGUAUUUUUCUUGGCUGUGAAUUUGGCAUAGCCUGUUUGUACAUUUGGGCAGUCGGUAUUUUGGCGGCCGGUCAGUCGUCCACCAUGACAGGAACGUAUUCUGGACAAUUUGUCAUGGAGGGCUUCAUUAACAUCAAGUGGAAACGUUGGCAACGGGUCCUGGUCACGCGAGCCAUCGCCAUUCUUCCCACUCUACUGGUCACUGUGUUCCGAGGUAUCCAAGACCUCACCGGGAUGAACGAUUUUCUCAACGUAUUGAUGAGUAUCCAGCUCCCGUUCGCCAUCAUCCCGUUGCUCACUUUCACGAGUUCGAAAUCAAUCAUGAACGAGUUUUCCAAUUCCACAUUCACCCUAGUUGUGGCCAACAUCCUUUCAGUUGUCGUGGUCGCUACCAAUCUGUUUUUGGCUUCUGUCGUGGUCCACGCUCGCUUGCCGAAAUUCUGGGCCGUUUAUCUUGGCAUAACCUUACUGGUACUUGCUUACGUGUGUUUUGUUGGCUAUCUGACAUUCUUUGGCAUUCGAACGGUAUGGGCCUCAAGACGUUGGCAGGCUUUGCCCCCAGCAGACUCUUCCUUUUCCAUUGGAAGCAGCAGGGACAGCGUUCUGGAGCUCGCAGUCACCCCGCCUUCUAGUCCCCACAGGAAUGGAGUAAUGUCGCGUGAGAGCAAAGACUCCGGCGUCAGUAAUAUCCAGAAAGUCGAGAUUUGAUUUUGACGUGCACACACACACACAAACACUUGAUGAAUUAUCCUCUUCUGUCCCCUAUUUUCUUGAUGUUUCGACUCGCUGAUUCCCGUAUGUUUUUUCUUCUUCAUUUUUUGGACCUGUUUUUCGCAAUCACCGUAGUGUAAUACCUCCCGUCUUUUUGUUACCUAGGCAAACGAACAGUGACAAUUUUACCCCCCACCCCCUCACAUGUCUGGUUAAUUCUUCCGUAAGAAAGACCUAUUUGGUUGUCUUUGAUUGUUUUCUAUUCUAUUUUCUGCCUAUAUGUAUGCAUAUAUAUAUAUGUAUAUAUGUA